AUGUCUGCCCUCAGGCCACCCAGACCCUUGCUUAUGCCGACCUAUCAUGGCCACGUCUCGUCGGCUAAGGAGGCCUUGAUCCUGAUAGAGGCUUGUCUGAGCGGCCAGCUCAGUCACGCAAGCACACCGCCGCUGUCUUCGGUUCAAGAUGAAGUGGUCAGCUCCGGAAAUGUCUUCGUCUACGAAGAGUUCUCUUCUGGCAUACGCGAAUGGAAAGAUGGGAGGGAAUGGGGGCCACCAAGCCACGUCGGUGGUUUGGAAGUGGCACCACUCCGGCCUCCUACUCAGAUCAACGGCAUCUCACCGGCCUCUAUGUACAAGAGUACCACCAAGAUUGACUAUCGAGCGCACACUCACCACCUAGUCGCUUACUUCUCCAUUUCGGACGCCUUGGGUGGCACGCUCCUCAAACCAUCCUUUGACCCUGCCUUGGCCAAUGUCGUGAUCCGACGUGCGUUGAACGUUCAGAGAAGCAUCUCCGAGGCCGACGAGAGAGCAUUGGAGAUUUACCUGCAAGGUGUUGCAGCACAGCCCUCACCCUGA